CUUUUUGAAAAACAACCAAAAAAUAUAAAUAUUUAAUAUUUACAAUUAUUUUUUAUGUAAUUUUUUUUUUGUAUAUGAGAUUUUAGCAAAUCAACAAUUCCCUUUUGAAGAGCACGAGAUGUCUGUCAUAAUGGUGUUGAAAUAAGUAGUAUCUUCCAUGUGUGUUGUUUUUUUUUCUUCUCUAUUAAUUAUUACUUCAAAAUAUUAUUUUUUCUGGGGAAUGAGAAUUUUAAUAUAUCUAUUUUUUUCCCAACAAAUCUUCACAUGAACGACUAAAACCCAGUAAAAAGUAAAAAAAAUUGAGAAAAAUCCCAUGAAAAUAUAAUGGGUUUUAAGAUUUAAGGAGAAACUAGCAUUAUAUCUUGAAAUUGAUUAAUGGGUAGGUUUUAAUUUUUCUGGGUUUUUAGAUUUGAGUAUAGGGUAGCAUUUUCUGCUUGAAAUUGACUAAUGGGUAGCUUUUAUUUCUCAAAUUUACCUUACAUUUACAUCAUCACAUGCAUUUAGAUGUUAGUGGUCCUGAUUUUCCAUAUUCAAAGCUGAAAUCUUAAGAUUUUGUGGAAUUUAGGGUUGUCUUAAUUGCUGUUGAUUAUCUUCAUUGAUUGGAGUUUGCUGGUUGUAAGCAAUGAGAUUAGGUUUUCAACAGAAUGAUGUCGACUCAUCGACUGGGCAAAGUCUCUCUGGUAGUUUCAGAAAAUCAACAUCUGUAUUCGGUGAAGAGGACAGUUCAUCCGGACAAGGCGUAGAUGGAAGCUUCAGGAAAUCGAGGACUGGAUUGCCGCCAAAUAAUCUCGACUUGUAUUCAACACAAAAUUUUGACGAAAGUUUCAGAAAGCCAAAGCCAGGAGUCUGUAAGGGUUCUUCUGGUUUGGCUUCUCUUAAUAAGUUCACUCCUAUCUCGAAAAAGGCCUAUAAAGCACUCAAAGAAACUGCAAGAAACUUAGUUGAUUCCGAACUCUUUAUUCAAAGUCUAGAAGAUUGGAUUUUAGAAAAUUCACUUACCGAUUCCAACCAUGGUGAACAAUAUUCAUUUAACUCACCUUUUCAAACCGAUGAACUCCGCCAGCUUGACUUCGCUUUGGAAGGAACCUUUUUUCAGCAACUUUUCCGAAUGCCAACCUCCUUCUAUAGCUCUAGUGAUCUUAAAGAAGAGGAAUAUUUUGCUUUGGAAGACUUCAUUCACACUAUGGCUGAUGGGUUGUGGCGUACGUUCUGGCAUAAGAAUUCCCCUUCACCAUUUCUUGUGUCUUGUGCUCGUCACCCUCGAUCAAGAUUUUAUUCUCUAGAUAAAGCGAUAUCAAAGGGGAAAGUCGCCGAGCUUUGUGGUGCAGCUUUAAUAGCACGAGGCGAAAAUGACGAAAGUAUUCACUGGGAUCAAGUAGUUCAAUUUUCGUUAUUUAAACCCGAUAUAAUGCUGGGAAAUAAAUUGGGGAUCUCGUUGAAUACUCUAAGUGAAGCCCUUUUCUAUGGCUUUCAUAUACUCGUUUCAAGGAAGUUGAGCAAACGGGCCGAGUUUAAUGAUAAUUCUGUUUUUAUUCUAGUUAUGGAUUCCAAAUUUGGAGCAGUAGUGAAGUUAACCGGUGACGUUCGCCAUCUUGAACUCAACGUAGACAAUCCGUAUCAAGCAGUGGCCGAGUGGAUGAAGAUUCAUUCGGAGGUCAGCGUUUCACCGGUAGAUAGAAUAUGGAAUAAACUAGGAAAUGCCAAUUGGGGAGACUAUGGAACUCUGCAGCUUCUCUUGGCAACUUUCUACUCUAUUGUUCAAUUUGGCGGUUCACCGAGAAGAUCAAUGGCAUCUCUAGCAUCAGAUCACUGCCUCCGUCUUCAGAAACGAAGAAUCGAGUGUCAUCUUUUGGAGACUGAAACAGGGAAACAUUUACAUCACUCUCAAGACUAUAUCCCGCAAGGAGAACGAGAAAUCGUGGAACUCGAGCAUGAAUUUGAUCUGGCUGUGCUACACCAAGCAUCACAUAUGAUGCUUCAAGAGGGUGACAUUAUACAUGUUCAAGAUCAGCAGCUAGGCGAAAAGGGUUUUCAGAUCCAAGAGCCGUUACUUGACGAAAAAUCUUUUUGUUAUAGUGCUAUAUCACUAGAAAAUCCUACUCAGUUGUUGACUCUAUAUAUGGGUGCUCAUCCGUCUAGGCUAGAACCGUCGUGGGAGGAUAUGAGUUUAUGGUACCAAGUACAAAGGCAAACCAAAGUUCUAAACAUCUUCAGGCAAGCAGGAAUUUCGAGCAAAUAUUUACCCGAGAUUGUGACCUCCGGCAAAAUGUUGCAUCCGGGUAGUUGCAAGAAGCAAAACCCGAAUGAGAAGUGUGAUCAUCCUUUGUGUGGAACACCUGUUCUGGUGACAUUUCCUGUUGGGGAGCCUAUUUCAUCUAUUGUGUCUCAAGACGGGCCUUUUUCUUGCGAGGAGGUGAUCCGUUGCUGCAGAGAUUGUUUGGCCGCGUUGAGAAGCUCAAAGAUGGCAAAUGUUCAGCACGGUGACAUUUGCCCCGAAAAUGUGGUGCGUGUUGGUGAUGCUAAUGGCUCAAGCAGUAGCUUCUUUUACGUCCCUGUGUCAUGGGGACGGGCUGUAUUAGAGGAAAGAGAUGGCCCGGCAAUGAAUCUGUUUUUCUCAUCGUCUCAUGCUCUACAACACGGUAAGCUUUGCCCUUCAUCCGAUGUAGAAAGCCUUGUUUAUCUACUCUACUUCUUGUGUGGCGGAAACAUGCAGCAACAAGAUUCGAUAGAAUCUGCCCUUCAAUGGCGGCAAAGGAGUUGGGCUAAGCGACACAUUCAGAGGCACCUCGGUGAAGUUUCAGCGAUUCUGAAGGCGUUUGCUGAUUACGUAGACACCAUUUGUGGGACCCCUUACCCAGUUGACUAUGAUGGAUGGCUAAAACGAUUGGAUAAAGCUGUUAAUGAGUCAGCUGACAAGGGAAAACUAGUAGAUGAGAUGGUCGUUAAUAUAAGAAUCGAGGAUGUUGCUGGUUCUUCAGGCAUCUCCGAAGCUGGUUCAUGACUUGCAUUGCUUGCUCUUGCUACUGUUAUUGUACUUUUUGAGAUUCUAUGAGUUGUUUAUGUACAUUAGGCUCGAAAAUUGCAUCACUCGAUCUCGAAAAACUUAAUUUUGGCUGUACAAUUUGCCUGUUUAAAGUAGAAGCCGGCCCGACCCGACCUGUAUCCGGCCCGUUGCAGUCUAGGUGUGACCUUGUAAUAGUUCAGCAUAUCCCUGCUGAAUGUAGGUUUCUCAAGCUUGGAGAUACAAACUUAGCUUGUAAAUUAGCUAACUAGGCUUAUAUACAAAGAGUAUAUGGCAUCAAGGCUAUUAUUCAACUAUUGAUUUACAUGCAUAUUCAUGUGAAUUGUGAUCAUCAAUAUUGUUGGAAGCUACAAGAUCUUUCUUACGUAAUUCGCUAAUCAGCUUUUACA